AUGUCAAGCUCAAUCCCCACAACAAUGAAAGCAUGGCAGUUCUCCCAGACCACUGGUGGCAUCGAGAAGAACCUCAAACUCAACAACACCGCCCCUCUGCCGCCCAACGCCAACUCACUGGCAGCAGAUCAAGUGCUCGUCCAGGUCUUAUCCUCCACCCUCAACCCAGUCGACUACAAGUUCGCCCAAUUACCUAUCCUCGGCAAUCUUAUAAUCAAAAAACCCGCCUCUCCAGCCCUUGACUUCGCCGGCCGUGUCGUAGCCAGCGGUGCCAAUUCAAAGAAGGUCUCAACCGAAGAUCUAAAGCCGGGCCAGUUGGUAUUCGGAAAACUAGACGCUCCCACACAGUACGGCACUCUGGCGGAGUACACCAUUGCGCCAAGAUCAGGCUGUGUGCCUCUGCCUCAGGGAGUAAGUCUUGAUGAUGCAGCCUGCAUUGGCACCGCAGCCCUGACGGCAUACCAAUGCAUCGUCCCAAACAUCAAGUCUGGGGACCGGGUCUUCAUCAACGGCGGUAGCGGCGGAGUAGGGAGUUUUGGCAUUCAAUUGGCGAAAGUCAAAGGCUGCUAUGUCGCCACCAGCUGCUCAAGCGUCAAUGUCGAGCUCUGCAAGUCUCUUGGCGCUGAUCAAGUCAUUGACUACAAAAGCAAGGACAUUGUUGCCGAACUGAAGAAGAUGCAGAAGUUCGAUUUGAUAGUCGACAAUGUAGGCACGCCGAGCGAGUUGUACUGGCAAUGUCACGACUUCACACAUACAGGGACCAAGUAUGUGCAGGUUGGUGGAGGAUUGAGUCUAGGCGAGAUCUACAGCUUGUUGAGUCGAAUGAUGUGGCCUGGGUUCCUUGGUGGUGGGAAGAGACCAUUCCAGUUCCUGGGAACGGCAAACAACAGUGACCACUUGAAAGAGAUUGCGCAGUGGAUGGCGCAGGGCAAGGUGAAGGCCUUGGUUGAUGAAGUGUACGGCAUGGAGGACAAGGGACCUAUCAGAGCAUUUGAGAGAUUGAAGACUGGGCGCGCGAAGGGAAAGAUCGUCGGCGAUACCAUCAUCGGAUCUCUGGAUCUACUGGCCCAGACGCUGCAUCACAGUCUCCACGCCGUCCGGGACCUCUGCGUAGCCGCACGCAUCAGGACGGCGAUAUUCUAUUGCACAAUAUACUUACCAGAUUCAUCACGGGAACGUGGCAGGCAAGCUGCGGGCUGGUUUGAUGACUUGAUCCUCGAUGAAGGCAUCACGGAUAUGCAGAGCCUUAUUUUAUCCUGCCCGAAGGUAUUGAGGGAUGGGCCAAGGCAGGGCCAGACAGAGUAUGUGAAGCUGAUGGAUGGGUACGAGUGUCAGGUAUGGGAAAGAUGA